CGAUAUUCUGGUAAAGUUACUGCAUUUUUAUCAAAUAUUCCAUCAUUAAGUGUGUGUGAUUGCCGGUGUCGGUUGACGUUUCGAAGUCUAAAAUAUUAAUAAUAUUUCACAAUGAGUCUUCAGUGGACGAUUAUUGCUACAUUUCUUUAUGCUGAAAUAGCGUUCGUGCUCUUGCUUACCCUUCCGAUCGCAAGCCCUUCGCGAUGGCAGAAGUUCUUCAAGUCGAAGUUCCUGGCUUAUAUAAGCAAUCAGGCGUCGGUAUACUUCCUGAUACUAAUUGGAGUGCUGGUAUUAUGUCUGUUAGACGCUAUCAGGGAGAUGCAGAAGUACUCAAAUAUGGAACCUACGGAACAUCAACACUUGGAUGCAGAGAUGCAAGGUAACAUGCGGCUGUUCCGCGCGCAGAGAAAUUUCUACAUUUCUGGCUUUGCACUUUUCUUACUGAUUGUAAUCCGCCGAUUGGUGCAAAUGAUUUCGGAACUUGCAGCACUGCUAGCGCGAUCCGAAGCAAACUUCCGUCAAGCGCAAAGUGCAACUGUAGCGGCUAGGAGUCUGCUGGAGAAACAAGGUGCCGGCGAAGACGUUGUGAAGAAGGAGGUCACUGACCUAAAGGCUCAGAUUGCACAACUAGAGAAAGAUCUUGUUAGGGAGAAGAAAGACAAAGAGGCUGUGAAGUCUCAGGCUGAGAGCUUGAACAAAGAAUAUGACCGACUAGCUGAGGAACAUAGCAAACUACAGAAGAAGCUCACAAUAGCUGCGGGAGACAAAAAAGAUGAAUAAGCCAUAAAUCUGUCAAAUUAAGGUCUGAAUUUCUAUUUGUGAAUCAUCAAAUUAAUAUAUGCUUGCAAAUACACAUUAUUGUAAGCCUUAAUCUGUUAAAGAUAACCCUAUGCAAUCUAAAAAAAUAUAUUAAAAAAAAUCACUAAUCAUGUUGCUGUGACUUUGAAAUAUAGAAUGAUGUAUGUGAUUCAUAAAUAAAAAUGUUCAAUGAUUGUGAAAUGUUCAAAAUUUUAAUGUAAUUCGAACAGAUUUCAACUUUUAUCUGUGUGCUUUUCAACCAGCAUUAUAUUAUUAUAUAUAA